ACUAGGAACAAUUUACUUCCGGCUCAACUGUGGGUUGUUUUUAGUUGUCAGGUGUUGUGUUGUAAAUGUCGUUUAAGGCUUCGAUGUCUUCUACAUCAAAGCUGAAAACUAGACAAGUUGGGUUCGUUUCAGAAAGGAUUUACAAUUAUUCCAAACAUUGAUUUGAUCAUAGCAUAGUAAUAGUCUCCAUCAAUGUCAAAAGACAGCCGCCACGAUGGACGGCGACGUGGUGGGGCUGGCCAGCAUCGACUUGGUCCAAGAAUCGGUCAAGGAGGGGACGGUAGAGAGAGGUCUGGUAGCAACAGUUCAGGAUCUUCACAUGGAGGUGGCAAGAGUCGGAGCACACCCAUAACCAUCGCUUUGAAGGCGUCCUUUCAGCGCUCAAACAGCCAUGACAAGGUGAGAAAGAUUGUAGCAGAGGAGGGCCGUGCUGCUCGCAACUUAAUCGCCUGGAGUGUUCCUCUGGAGAACAAAGAGGAAGAAGCAAAGUCGAAGACCAACUCCAACAGCAAUCCAAGGGCUCAGAGAAUCAACUCUGGUCUACAGAGAAAUAAGAAACAGAAUGUGGGAGUGGAGAGCAAGAGCGCGAUGGGAGCUUUGCUGGACAAAGGAGCAGAGAAGAGUCCAACUAAAGCCAGGCAGCCUCGCAAGGUGGACCUGCGGGCACGAUACUGGGCCUUCCUCUUUGACAACCUGCGCCGGGCCGUGGAUGAGAUCUACGUCACCUGUGAAUCUGACCAGAGCGUGGUGGAGUGCAAGGAGGUGUUAAUGAUGUUGGACAACUACGUGCGAGACUUUAAAGCUCUCAUCGACUGGAUCCAGCUGCAGGAGAAGUUGGAGAAAACCGAUGCGCAAAACAGACCCACGUCAUUGGCUUGGGAAGUGCGGAAGAUGUCCCCUGGACGUCAUGUGAUGCCCAGUCCCUCCUCAGACAGGAUGGUCCCUUCUCCGAAUGCAAGGCGCUCCCUCAACUUUGGCGGUCCUCCUCCUACGCUGGCUGUGGCUCGGCUCACCCACAGCGGCCCUAGCUGGGCUGACCGGGUCAAAUCCUCCCAGUCGCUUCCUGUCCCCUGUCCAACCAACUCUUUUCCUGCAGAGAAACCAGCAGGUAAGAAAGACGCAGAAGGUUGGGAGACCGUCCAGCGCGGUCGUCCUGCCAGGCCUCGCUCUGCUGCCAUCGUAGCCAAGGUCAGCCCCGUGCUGGCCAACGUCUGCCCCAGAGACGACAGCAACAUCGUGAACCAGCCGCAGCAGCAGCAACAAAAACAGCAGCAGCAGCAAGCUCUCCAGCCCCUCUGCCCUCCGGACAAUGACAAGAGCCAGCUACUGUCCAACCCUCAGCCAAUCCCAGAGGAGCAGGCUCCCCUGGAGGAGACUGGAGACCUGGAAGAGGGUCACAAGAUUGAGCCCCCAGCAGACAAUGUUCAAGACUCGGGACAGUGUGUCGACGCACCCUGUGACGACGUGCCUCUCCCGGUGUCAGCCCCAACUUCCUCCAAAACCCCAGAACUCACACCAGCCCCAACCAUAACCCUUCCUGCCCCAGCCCCAGCCCUGGCCCCUCCCCAGUCCCCAGACCCUGCCCAGGGCGAGGGUGUUGGCGGCGUGGAGGCCCAGGGGGGGCAGAGGGCAGAGGGGGGGGCGUCACAGGGCAUGGCUCCGUCUGCUCCAAGACAGGCUGGAACUCCCAUGGCAGCGGUGAAACCAGAGAUUGUGCUGGACCCCACAGAGCUUUCCACUCCCCAGUCCAUGGCAGAGGUCUUGGCUAAGAAGGAGGAGCUAGCGGACCGCCUGGAGAAAGCUAACGAGGAGGCCAUCGCUAGCGCCAUCGCAGAGGAGGAGCAGCUGACCCGAGAGAUCCAGGCUGAGAACAACGACCUGGAGACCGACAACGAGAGUGACUUCUCUGCAAGCAUUGGCAGUGGAAGUUGUGGACUUAAUUUGGAUUGGAGUGACAUGUUGGCUGACUAUGAUGCUCGAGAGCCCUGGCGUCAGAGCACUUCCUGGGGAGACAUUGUAGAGGAGGAGCCAGCGCGCCCCCCCGGCCACGGCAUCCACAUGCACGAGAAACUGUCCUCGCCCUCUCGCAAAAGGACCAUCGCCGAGUCCAAGAAGAAACAUGAGGAGAAGCAGCUGAAGGCACAACAGCUCCGGGAAAAGCUGCAGGAGGAGAAGACCCACAAGCUCCAGAAGCUUCUGGAAAGGGAGAAGGAGGUGAGGAAGUGGAAGGAGGAGCUGUUGGACCAGCGUAGGAGGAUGAUGGACGAGAAGCUGCUCCAUGCUGAGUUCAAGCGGGAGCUCCAGCUGCAGGCCAUCGUGAAGAAGGCCCAGGAGGAGGAGGCCAAGGUGAACGAGAUAGCCUUUAUCAACACCCUGGAGGCCCAGAACAAAAGGCAUGACGUCCUGGCCAAGUUGACCGAAUACGAGCAGCGCCUCAGCGAGCUGCAGGAGGAGAGGCAGCGGAGGCAAGAGGAGAAGCAGGCCAGAGACGAGGCGGUACAGGAGCGCAAGCGGGCGCUGGAGGCGGAGCGGCAGGCACGGGUGGAAGAGCUGCUGGUGAAGAGGAAGGAGCAGGAGGCGCGCAUCGAGCAGCAGAGGCAGGAGAAGGAGAGGGCCAGGGAGGACGCAGCCCGGGAGAGGGCCAGAGACAGAGAGGAGCGUCUGGCUGCGCUGAGCGCUGCACAGCAGGAGGCCAUGGAGGAACUCCAGAAGAAGAUCCAGAUGAAGCAUGACGAGAGCAGUCGGAGGCACAUGGAGCAGAUCGAGCAGAGGAAGGAGAAGGCCGCGGAGCUCAGCAGCGGGCGACACGCCAAUACUGACUACGCGCCCAAACUGACCCCCUACGAACGCAAGAAGCACUGCUCUCUGUGCAACGUGGUGAUCACCACAGAGGUGCACCUGUUCAGCCACACCAAGGGCAAGAGACACCAGCAGGCCGUGAGGGACGGCAGCAGCAUCCAGGGACGAGAACUCUCCGAUGAGGAAGUGGAGCAUCUCUCCUUGAAGAAGUACAUAGUGGACAUCGUGACGGACUGCUCUGUGUCCUCGGAGAGUGCCAAAGAUGGAGAGGAGAGGCAGAAAGCACGCAAGAAGGCUAAGAAGCUCAGAGCACGCAUGAACUCUAGGGCAAAGGAGUAUGAAACAUCAAUGGAGGCAAAGACCCAGGUCCCUGACUCUCCAUACAAGGCCAAACUCCAGCGACUGGUGAAGGACUUGGGCAAGCAGCUCCAGGGGCAGGACAGUGGCCAGUGGGCCAACAACAAAGUGUCCAGCCUGGACAGAACCCUGGGGGAGAUCUCCCGCAUCCUGGAGAAACAGAACAAUGCAGAUCAAGUAGCGUUCCAGGUUGGAGGAGGACUGUCUGUUGUGGAGCAGAUCUUGCAGGUAGCCACGGCUGUCACCACCCCUACCACUGUGCCACGCAUUCCCCUCAAGUCCCUCUGUGCUGCUGUAAACAUCUAUAACCUGGCCUGCUCACACUGUCACCACAACUGCUCCUACGUUCUCUUCAGUAACAAGAUAGCCCUGCUGAUGGACCUGCUGCUGCAUCAGCUCACGCUCUAUGUGCCAGAUGAGGACAAGUCCAUCUUUGGGCGCAGUGUGAACAAGCAGGUGUUUGACGGUCUGACCAGCGGCCUGCUGCAGACCUGUGCCACUGUCCUGGGGCUCCUCAGGCCCCAGGCCCCCGAGUGUGGCCGAGGGGAGGCCCUUCGUAUCUGCUCCCCCGACACCAAGACCAAGAGCUUGACCGCAGAACCCUUCCACACAAGGGCACAGGACCUAAUCAGCUACGUGGUCAACAUGGGUUUGAUUGACAAGCUGUACGGCUGCUUCUUGUCGGUCCAAGGCCCGGUGGACGAGAGUCCCAAGAUGUCUGCCUUCCUCCAGCAGGCCUCUGCUCUGCUGCACGGCAUGUGUAAGCUGUGCUUCGCUGUCACCGGCCGCUCCCCCAGUAUAUUCGACAACAAGCGCCAGGACCCUACAGGCCUAACAUCCCUGCUCCAGUCUACUGACCUGGUAGGGGUGGUCCACACCCUGUACUGCAUCUUGCUCCACAGCUCCCUGCCCGAGCCUGCCGCACAGAGCCCCCAGGAGCCCUAUGCCGCUGGGGUCAUCCAGGUGGCCUUACAGGGCCUCCGCUUCCUCAACAGCUUCGCCCUGCUCGACCUCUCAGCCUUCCAGUCUGUUCUAGGGGCGGAGGGGCUCUCGCUGGCUUUCCGUCACAUUGUCAGCUCCCUGCUCUGGUACUGCUCCCAGCACUCCGCAGACGAGCUGCUGCAUGAGCUCAUCAUCUCCGUGGGCUACUUCACCGUCAACCACCCAGACAACCAGGUGAUAGUGCAGUCUGGCCGUCAGCCCAGCGUGCUGCAGAAACUGUGUCAGCUGCCCUUUCAGUACUUCAGCCACCCGCGCCUCAUCAAAGUUCUCUUCCCUUCCCUCAUCUCGGCCUGCUACAACAACUCCCAGAACAAGGUCAUCCUGCAGCAGGAGAUGAGCUGUGUGCUGCUGGCCACUUUCAUACAGGACUGUGCCUCAAGUGAGAACCAAGCAGACAAUAAAGCGUUAGAGAAAGUUUCUCAACCGCUGGAUUACUGCGAGCUGUCCAACCGCUUUCCCAGAGACCAGUGGGACUCAGCACUGCAGUUCUUCCUGAAGAAGCAGGAGGACUAAUCCAGAGGCACACACUCUCCUCACCAAUGCAGACAAGCUCUGUGAAAACACUACAAAACAGACAAGAGACUUUCCGUUCUAACCCACUUGCUUUUACGUUCAGAUUUUGAUUUGAAGUCAGCAUAAUUAAAGAAUGCAGUCUUUAAGCGUUGCCAAGACUCUUGAAAAACCAGCAUCCAUGGGCCAAAUUCGAAGAUGAGAUACAAGUGUGAAUUUUGUGUAAGUCACACAAUGAUAUCAAUAGAAGAUUUGCACAAAGUUUGCACAACAAUGUUUGAGUUGCGUGUGUAUUUCUCCUUUUCAUAGUGCCAUCAAGUCAGGCAAAGAUUUUGUUCAAGUGCCCACACUACAGAAAUCAUAUAUAUAUAUAUAUAUA